CAGGAGCUGAUCGGAAGAGCAACAGACAGACAGGACCCGAGCGGAGCCGAGGCAGCAGCAGCAGCAGCAGCAGCACCAUCCCAGGUAGCUCAGUGCGGGUUGAAGGCCGACUCUCCGCUCCUCUCUCCAGGCUCCCUCAGAUGCUCCGGUUCGGCGGCAGCAUGCGCGGCUGGUUCCCCGCCCUGCUCUCGGUUCUUCUCGCCGGGCUCGCUGCCGCGACGUCCUCGGAUCUGUUUGACAACCAGCUGGGUGACAUCAAUUACUGCAAAAAGCAAUGCCAGCUCACCAUCAAAAACAAAAGCCCCGCUAAAGUAAGUUGCUCCCGUGCGCUUCGCUGUGUGGUUCAGACGUCCUGCAAGGCUGCGAGGAGCAGACCUGAAAGCGGGCUUUAUCGCACACUUGAGAACUGUGCGAUGCGAAAAGAUUAUACAACUGCCCUCCUCUUUUUCUAUGCAGCUUGCCAGGAGGCAUACAUCAAGCUGCUGGAGCAGGAGGCCUGCAGCACCGGCUGUGCCAGCCAACCCUCUGAACCUGAGAUCUUGAGGAGGAAGCUGAGGGCCAUGACCUUGCGCCCGAAGCCCCCCUCUGUGAUGGAGGCCGUGUCCAGCUGGUGCAACGACAUCGUCAGCUCGGCCCAGAGCUUCAUCUCCUCCACCUGGACCUUCUACUUGCAGGCCGACGACGGCAAGGUUGUGGUUUUCCAAAGCCAGCCAGAGAUGGAGUACUCCAUGCCGGAGCUGCAGGCUCCUCGAUCCAGCGUGGCUGACAAACCCUGGCCUCAGGUCCACUCCCACACCCAGAGACCCCACGGCGUUAAAGGGCGAGGAGACAGAGGAGCAGGCAAGUCGGCGAUCAAAGGGAAGCGCCCCGUCCAGCACGCAGAGGACGCUGCAGCUGACCACGACUUCCUGGGCUGCAUGUCAAGACGCUCAGGUCUUCCUCGGUGGAUUUUAGCUGCUUGUCUCUUCCUGUCCAUCAUGGUCAUGCUGUGGCUGAGCUGCGCCAGCCUCGUCACCGCGCCGGAGCAGCACAUCAAGACGCAGCUGAGCAUCAAUGGAGAUAAGGAGUUCAUGGAACAUGUACACAAGGUCAACCCUUUCCAUCUGAGCUCCAUGAUCGCCGUCAGCGUGAAGCAGUCGGAGGAAGCCCAGGAGGCAGGACCGCUUCCGGUCAAGGUUGAUCUCAACAAAACCUGCGUUUAGAGAGAAAGCGGCCGUGUCUCGUUACUUUUGGUGACCGCGUGUAAAACACGUGGCCUGUCAUCAACGCGCCACUCAGCAGAGUUUUUAAAAUAUGUUUAAUUUA